ACAUGCAACAUUAUAUAUGUGGUGUUGUUCAACAGUUGUAACGUGUAGUAGUUCAAAUAUCGUGGGCGGCCAAACUCCAAAAUAAUAAUGGCGUCUGCGACACUAGAAGAGUCGCUGUCCUGUGGGAUCUGUCUGCAGCCUUUCACACGGCCAAAAAUCCUGCCGUGCGGCCAUACCUUCUGCGAAGAGUGUCUCCGAGAGGCAACAAGAGGGGGUCUUAGCUGUCCAACCUGCCGCGCCCGUGUGCCACUAAAGGGCGGCGUCGAGGCACUGCCGACCAACUACCAAGUCGCGGAAAUGUGCCAGAAGUUCUCCGAGCUAGCAGCUGCCCGGGCGCGGGACGACACGCCACAAUGGGACGCCGCUUGCCAGAAUCACAAGGCAGAGAAGCUCCGGCUCUUCUGCCAGACCUGCCGGGUACCCGUCUGCAGCCUGUGCCUGGACGACAGCAGUCACCGGGGCCACAAGAACGUCAUCACGGUCAGACAGGCCGUCGAGAAGAAGAUGACGACCGUCACCCCCUUGCUGAAGGAGAAGAAGCGGCAGAUAGAAGAACGCCGCGAGUACCUUGAGAAGCUCAGCCACCUCGAGGAGCAAGUCAACGAAAACAAGGGUCAAAGUGAACAGGCUAUCACUGACUCGUACGAAGAAAAGGCGCGACUGCUUUCCGAAAGCAAGGACGAACGUCUCGCCAGCGUUCGGGAGGCAUACGAUCUCAACAUGGAGGCCAUCAACGUACGCAAAGGCGAGGUGCAGCAGCAGUUACAAGAGAUAAACAAAGUCUACCAGGAGGUCGAGCAGGCUAUAGAGAACGCUGGGGUCGCGUUUCUCGGAGAUGAACCGGCAGAGCUGCGCUGGAAGCUGGAGCAGAUCUGUGUCGACCCCCUGCCUGGUCCUCUGAAGGUCAAGGCCACCGUGUUCCAUCCAGACGAGCCCAGGAAGGGGCUGCUGACCAUCGGAAGCUUGGGGUCAAGGGACUUUUCCAUGGAUACUCAGUGGAAGACUGUUCUGUACAAGUUCCUGUCAUCAGUUGGGAACGUGUUAGCCUAUGUAACCCAAACUCCGGGGGGCUCCCUACAUAGUCCGCCACCCAAGAUGUGGGCCGGCUGGAUGUUGGGCGGCCGGCAAAAGCGAUUUAAUCAGGCUAGGAACGUGUGUGCCUAUGGAACAAACAAAGAAGACGACGAAGAGACCACAGUCCCUCUCAUGGGGACCGAAACGCCCCAGUGAUUGUCUCUCGUCUUCAGAAUGGUUGAGACUACUUGAUUAAUGUUGAUUUAAUAUAUAAUAGCCUAGUAUUGCACUAAGCUAUGGUGAGGUAACUAGUUAUGCCACUUCUGCAAUAGUUCUGCAAAUGUUUCUUUAAUUUGUAUUGAGAAUUAUGAAGAUGAAACUCCAUCAGUUUGAGGAAGUUUUAACAAUGUUUACUUCUUGAUUAAUGUUGAUACAAAUAUAUAAUAGCCUAGCUAUAUAGUAUUGCACUUAGCUAUGGUGAGAUAACUAGUUAUGCCUCUUCUGCAAUGAUUCUGCAAAUGUUUCUUCAAUUUGCACUGAGAAGUAUGCAGAUGAAACUUCAUUAGUAUGAGAAAGUUUUAACAAUGUUUACCUCUUGAUUAAUGUUGAUACAAAUAUAUAAUAGCCUAGCUAUAUAGUAUUGCACUAAGCUAUGGUGAGGUAACUAGUUAUGCCUCUUCUGCAAUAGUUCUGCAAAUGUUUCUUCAAUUUGUAUUGACAAGUA